UCCCAUUUACCCCGCGCUAUUCAUCGCUGCUCCCAGCGCUUCCUUCGCUGAGUCGCGAUCUUGACUUCGCUUGCUGUGCCAGGGUUUAGCUCCCCCUGUUGUUGCAGCACUCUGCGUCGGUCGAUGUCUGCGGAGUGCCUGCGUCCGUAGAGCGUGAGACUCGCUUCAGCGGAUAACGAAAUCCAUUGAUGCUCUGGUCUGUAUAAAUACUUUUAGUGUUAGUUGAGCUUGGGAGGAGUAGUCAUAGGAUCUUCUUCUUUCACGUUGGCAGCGUAGACCUGUAGUGUGAGGAUUCGCGGGCAGCAAGUCCAGGGACUUAUUUUGCAGCAGCCUUAGUAUUGGUUGUUCUCUCCAAUGUUGCAAUUCCGACAUUGGCAUUUGGAGAGAAUUGUUAGGGGCAGCUUCAAACUGUAGCCCACGGAACUGGCGGUUUGAGGACAGGGACGUUGACCUUGGACCGUGUACUCGAAUUUGUGUGAGUAUCUCACGACCUCUCAUUGAGUUAGCUUCACAUUAUUAGUUUACGCUCUUGGUACCUGACGGAUAGGAUUCAACGGUGAUAUAUUGAACCAGCCAUCUCUGCACGCAUUUCAUAGAGGUUUAAAGUACUGAAUCUCAGGAGAAAAGUAAUAAGAAGAUAACGGUCUUCAGCUUGCUCCUCCUGAAAUUUAGCGUUAGCAUUAAGGAUCUGGAGGUCGGUGACGCUUCACAUGUCGCGUCAGGAUCGUGUAGAAAGAUGCGUUGAAUUUGAUCGCUUCGCUCGAGGCAACUCUAGACAAUCCAAAAGUGACAUGCGCCGCGGAGGACGAGCCAAUCGUAAUCUGCGUUCUCAUCUAAAUGCCUCAUUCCUUUAUUCACGUCUCUCUUUGGAGCUUCAUCUCAAUUUUAGUGUUUCUUCACUUCUGCUUCCUUUUGUAUCUUAAUUGUGGUGCAAGUGUUAGCUUUCUGGUGUACAUUAGAAACCAAAAUUGUUCACAAGAUUCACUUUUCACGUAGGUGCACAUCUUAUUCGUAACCUCACCGCCGCACGAUGUUCUGCAAUAGCUAGACAUGUUUUCGUUUCUGCGCUGCACCUGGACUUUGUAGUCGAAGCGAUAUCUUACAGAAUCCGAAAUCUGCAGCGAACAAUGCUUGUCUUCUUGGCGUCGCUUUUAUGUCACGGAGAUUCUCUUGCUCGAAAUUUGUCCCAGAGUUUCUUCCCCCCCCCCCCCCCCCUUGUAACUUGAGCGCAAUUGUUUCACCAUCUGAUGCCUAUGUUGCGCUUAGACCGAACAUGUGUUAUACUUCUAUAUGCUCUGUUGUUAAUUCCCUUUGUACUCGUAUCCAAGUUUCUCAAUUUCAUCUGCGACGCUCUUACAGCAAUGACAGGAUCAACUGGGAACACCAACACGGCGUGCGCGGCUUGCAAGUUUCAGAGGAGAAAAUGUUCUGCGGAUUGUCCUCUCUCGCCUUACUUCCCCCCGGAUCAACCUAAGCGCUUCGCUAACGUUCACAAACUCUUCGGUGUCAGCAAUAUCCUGCGCAUCCUUAAAUUUGUUGAUCCUUCUAAACGUGAGGAUACAGUGAAGUCCAUCGCUUAUGAGGCCGACACUCGAGAAAAGGACCCUGUGCAUGGGUGUUUGGGCGUCAUCACUGUGCUUCAAAAUCAGGUGUCUAAAUUGAAGGAAGAGCUCAACAUGGCCGGUGAGCAACUCUUCUUGGUAGAGCAGCAGCAGGCGGUCGCUUCAGCUGGCCAACAACUCCAGAGCUUUCAUGGACACCCCGGAUUAUCGCGUAGUUCCGUUUCCGAGGAUGAGGAGUCGCAGUUCUUACGACACCAAAUCAGCUUUCACGACGAUCACAAGUUUGACACCAAAUUCAACCAGAAAUCGAACAUUCUCCCCUUAAAUUACAGAUACGGAGCGGAUGAUGCGUCGUCAGUGAUCAGCCUGUUGAAUGUCGACCAUGUGGAGCAGCUGCGGCGAGCAGGGAGCUACUUUGGAAUGGACCCUUCAUACGACGAAAGCCCAGUAAGCCACCAUCAAAUGCACAUGCAAGCUGUACUUGAACAAGAUCACUUCCAUGCCCUCCGAAGCUCUCCUCCCGAUGGUCUAUCUGCAUACGGAAUCGCGCCUGAGGGUGUCAUGAGAAGAACGAAUUACUUAGUGACAAGUGGACAAUGUAAGGUCUCCGACCACGACCUUCAGCGAGCCGGAGUAUAUUUGACCUUGACAAAUCAGCACUGACGUGAAAAUGUUUAGACAAAUCUCGCCAUCAAACCAUAGCGUGCGCUACAUGAAACUGGACAAAACAAAGUGCUCUAGCCUCUUCAGGUGUACGCUAAUUAGCGCAUGGAAUGCGCAAAUUGUUCGUCCAACUGAACAGUCGACGAACUAGCAGCGUCCUGUUCGUUCACGCCAUCCCGACCUACAGGAGGGUGAAAGAUCCUGGUUGUGCUCAACUCUCUUCAUUAUUCAAUAGUUCUUCUGGCGCACCAUACAACAUGAGAUUGUGUUUUGUUAUUAUGGGGGUGGACUCGGUGUUUGGUUACGUUACUGUGACCUGCAUCGACAAGAACAGCAGACGACUCUUGUAAGGAUAGGGGAAUCUGUCUGCAAUUUUUGUUUCCGCCUGUGAUUUUGGAGUACAAGGUUCAAAUUUCAACCACGAUCUGCACCUAGGGGCUUAUAGAAUUCAGAAAGAUUCCUCUCGCUGCUGCAGGAUGGUUUCGUGCCGAACAUGUCGAGGUUGGAAUCUGAACCCCCACAUGACGUUUAGAACCGAACACCAAAUUCAUCUCUAGUCCAAAGAAAGUUAUCACAUAUUCCUCAAGUGGACUUUGCAUCACAAAGUGUUGCCCUUGGGGCAGGUGUUGAAGGAUCAAGCACAACAAACCUGCCGAUACCGAACCAGGGUUGAUCAUCUCUUCAGAAAUGAAUCCAAAUUUAUUACGUAGUGUAGAAAAUUAUAAGUUGUAGUUUUAGCAGUGUGCGAUGGCUAAUGAAGUGUGGUCUUACAACUGCAUUUUUUAGAACUAAAAGCGAUUCAUUAAUGUACCCAUAGAAACUGAUUCUCGACAAUAAAACUUCGUAAUGACUUGUGUCCGAAA